GCUCCUCUUGUCUUCCAUCUCACCCCGCUGCCUCGCCCCUCUCCUUCCCCCACCCUCCAAGCGAUUGCCUUUGCGCUCGCCGUCUCUCGUGCCGCGUGCGCCUCCGGGGAACUUCUUGUGCUCGCGGCAGCGGGCAGAUCCGGUGUUCAGGGCGGCCGCGUUCGGGAGGAAUCGCCGGUGGUUUGCUUCGGUCAAGGAGAGGAGUAGGAGCCGCUCGGUGCAUGGUGGCCUGAUGAAGCGCUCCAGGGAGGACGCGCUCGCCGCCGCCGGGUCGCAGCCCAGCAAGCGCAUCACCACCAGCAGCGCCGCCGUCGCUCGAUCCGAUCCGUCGCCGCCGCAGCCCAUGCCUCCGGCGGGGUCGGGGUCGGCCCUGGUGCCGGCGCCGCCGCCCCAGGCCGUGGCCGCCCUGCCGACGCAGCCCUCCGGCGGGUCUGGGGCCGCCACUGCUGCCGCGGCCGCCGCCGCAGGCCAGAAGCUGACGACCAACGACGCCCUCGUCUACCUCAAGGCCGUCAAGGACAAGUUCCAGGACAACCGCGCCAAGUACGAGGAGUUCCUCGAGGUCAUGCGCGACUUCAAGAGCGAGAGGAUCGACACCAACGGGGUGAUUAUCCGCGUGAAGACCCUCUUCAACGGGUACCCCGAGCUGAUCCUGGGAUUCAACACCUUCUUGCCCAAGGGCUUUGCAAUCAGGCUGCAGCAGGAUGAGAAGAAGCCUGUGGAUUUCGCGGAGGCUAUCAACUUCGUGAACAAGAUUAAGAGUCGGUUCCAGCGCGACGAGCAUGUCUACAAGUCUUUCCUGGACAUCCUCAACAUGUACCGCAAGGAUAACAAGUCCAUCCAAGAUGUUUACCAUGAGGUUGCUGUGCUGUUCAGCGACCACAAAGACUUGCUCGAAGAAUUCCAGCACUUCUUGCCUGAUACCUCGGUGUCUCCGCAAGCAGGGGCCGCUCCAAGAGGCGGCUUAGUUAAGCGGGAAGCUCUAAUGCCCCCUGCUAGUAGGGGUCACAUUGAAAAGCCUAGGGCUUUUCCGUCUCAUACCGACCGUGACGCCAGUGUCGAUCGUCCUGACGCGGACCAUGAUCGCCAAAGACAACGGGAGAAGAACAAGGAACGCAAGGCAGAAAGAGAUAGAAGAGAUUAUGAUAGAGAUGAGAAGGAUGUUGAACAAGACAGCAAAGAGGUGGAUGUUGGCCAGCGUAAGCGCAAACCUUUUCCAAGCGCAAACCUUGCAGGUGCUGAGGCACACCAAGGAGGCCACCCUGAGAUUCAUGGAAUUAAUAGUGCCUCUGCCUCAUCGUAUGAUAACAAGGACGCGUUAAAGAGUGGAUACACACAGGAGUUCCAUUUCUGCGAAAAAGUCAAGGAGAAGCUGGAAUAUGAUGCUUACCAGGAGUUCUUGAAAUGCCUUCACAUCUACAGCCAGGAAAUUAUUACGAGAAGUGAACUGAAGAACUUGGUGAGCGAUAUACUACAACACUACCCAGAUCUUAUGGAUGGAUUUAAUGAAUUCUUGGAACAUUGUGAAAAUAUAGAUGGAUUUCUGGCUGGAGUCUUCAGUAAAAAGCAACCUGGAAGGCUAAUUAAAACAGAGGAUAAAGAAAGGGAUAAGGAGCAUGAGAGGGAGGAUAGGAACAGAGACCGGGACAAGGAAAGAGAAAAGGAACGGGAAAGGCUGCAUCCAAAGGAAGGUCCUAGCCAGAAACCCUCGAUUGUCAAAGAGAAGUAUCUAUGCAAACCAAUAUCAGAGCUUGAUCUCUCAAAUUGUCAGCGAUGCACUCCAAGUUACCGGCUUCUACCUAAAAAUUACCCAAUGCCUCCGGCAGGCAACAAGACUGAUCUUGGUGCCACGGUUCUUAAUGAUCACUGGGUGUCAGUGACAUCAGGGAGUGAAGACUAUUCGUUUAAGCACAUGCGCAAGAAUCAGUAUGAAGAAAGUUUAUUUAGAUGCGAAGAUGACAGGUUCGAGUUGGAUAUGCUGUUGGAGUCGGUUAAUGCAGCAACUAAGCGCGUCGAGGAGUUGAUAGAAAAAAUGCAAGAUAACUCAGUAAAACCAGAAAGCCCAAUACGCAUCGAUGAGCACUUAACUCCUUUGAAUCUAAGGUGCAUUGAACGGUUAUAUGGUGACCAUGGUCUGGAUGUGAUGGACGUUCUUCGAAGAAAUGCUAGUGUUGCGCUGCCAGUUAUCUUAUCUAGGCUAAAACAAAAGCAGGAGGAAUGGUCAAGGUGUCGAUCAGAUUUCAACAAGGUUUGGGCUGACAUUUAUGCCAAAAAUUACCACAAGUCACUUGAUCAUCGCAGUUUCUAUUUCAAGCAGCAAGACUCGAAGAAUCUCAGCACAAAAUCUCUAUUGACCGAGAUUAAAGAAAUUAAUGAGAAGAAAAGAAAGGAAGACAAUGUCCUCAUUGCUAUUGCUGCUGGAAAUAGGCGGCCUAUAGUUCCCAACAUGUCAUUUGAGUAUGUAGAUGCAAAUAUCCACGACGAUCUUUAUAAGAUCGUGAAGUACUCGUGUGGAGAAGUCUGUGGCUCGGACCAACUGGACAAAGUGAUGAGGAUUUGGACAACUUUUCUGGAGCCUAUUUUGGGCAUUCCGUCUCGAUCCCACGGCGCCGUGGAUGCAGAUCUAACUAAACCCAAGAAUGGCAUCACAAAAUCUGGUAUUGCAAAUGUGGGGGAAAGCAAUGCUUCUCCUGAUGGAGUUGCUGCCCAGCAAGGCCAUGGUGAUGAAAGCAUGCAACAGGAACAAGCACCAUCAGCUGUGGCUAGAUUGUCUAGGUUAGCGAAAGGAGUUGCAGCAGACUCCCAAAAUGGUUCCCAUGAUGCAGAUCGAACUGCUCGUAGAGAUGAGGAAGCAUCAAAUGCUGCACUAAAUGAAGUAUCUGCAGUAAGCACCCAGAACAUGCCUACCGAGAGAUCAGGAGGACAACAUAGCCAUAUGAAGGGAAACUCUGAAACCACGCCAGGAGUGAAUGCAUCUAAAAGUUCACAUGCUGGAGUUAGUAUGGCUGCCGGUGCCAGGGCUGGCCAUGAAGUAUUACCAUCUACUGAGGGUGGAGAGACUGGCAAGUCAGGAUCAUCUUUAAAUGGUGGGGCUACCAGCGAGGGUAACAAAGGGCGCCUAUUUAAUGAAGCUGCUGCGUCCCACAAUACAUCGAAAGUUGAACGAGAAGAAGGUGAAUUAUCGCCUAAUGGAGAUUUUGAAGAGGACAAUUUUGUGCCUUUCGAAGAUGGCGCAUCUAAAACAAAGGAAGGUUCUACAAGCAGAACAUUCAAGGUUAGACCUGGUCAAGUGGAGCCUCAUGCCGAGGCAGCCGGCGAGAACGAUGCUGAUGAUGAGGAAAGCACUCAAAGGUCUACCGAGGACAGUGAGAAUGCUUCUGAGGCCGGUGAAGAUGCAUCAGGAAGUGAAUCUGGUGAUGGCGAGCACGGUUCUCCCGAAGAUCAUGAUGAGGAAGAAGAUAUGGAUCAUGAUCAGGAUCCGAAGGCAGAAAGUGAGGGUGAGGCAGAGGGGACAACUGAGACCCACGACGUUGAAGGAGGAAUGUCAUUACUCGGAAUAUCAUUGCCUUCAUCCGAACGCUUUCUGUACUCGGCUAAACCACUGGCCAAGCAUGUUCCCACAUCUUUACAUGGUCGGGAAGAUAGAUCGUCACAUGUAUUUUAUGGGAAUGAUUCAUUUUACAUCUUGUUCAGGCUGCACCAGAUGCUGUACGAACGACUGCUUUCAGCAAAGACAAACUCUUCGAGUGCUGAAAAGAAAUGGAGAACCUCCAAGGAUACAAACCCCCCUGACCUAUAUGCAAGGUUCAUAAAGGCACUCUACAACUUGCUUGAUGGCACUUCUGAUAAUACCAAAUUUGAGGAUGACUGCCGUGCUAUUAUUGGGACCCAGUCAUACGUUCUCUUUACUUUGGAUAAACUGAUAUACAAAGUUGUGAAGCAGCUUCAAGCUAUAGCGACAGAUGAAAUGGACAGCAAGCUUCUCCAGCUUUAUAUGUAUGAGAAGUCAAGAUCCCCUGGGAGGUUCUUUGAUCUGGUCUAUCAUGAAAACGCCCGUGUCCUGCUCCAUGAUGAGAGCAUGUAUCGAUUCGAAUGUUGCUCAAGUCCAAUGAGGGUGUCUAUUCAGCUGAUGGAAUAUGGUCAUGAGAAGCCUGAGGUGACUGCGGUAUCCAUUGAGCCAAAUUUUGCCUCUUAUCUUUUCAGCGAGUAUCUGUCAAAUUCGUCAGGCACGAUGCUGCCUGAAGGUGUCUUCCUUGGAAGGAACAAGCGGAAACAUUCAAAUGACGGCGAGCCUUCAGAUUCGUUGAAGGCCAUGGAUGGUAUCAAAGUUGCUAAUGGUCUUGAAUGCAAGAUAUCCUGCAAGACCUCUAAGGUCUCCUAUGUCCUUGACACCGAAGAUUUCUUGUUUCGGUUGAGAAAGAGGAGGAGGAUUUCACCCGGUGGAAAUGUGGCUGACAAGUCGCCGACCUCCAAAAAAUAUGAUGCAAAAGUGCAGCGCUUUCAUUUAUUUCUAUCCAAGCCUUAAGAGGGCCAUAGGCAAAAAAAAAAAACAUUGACAUUGUAUCCAGAUCAGGAGAUGCUGCUGGGGUUGUGACCGCCUUGCUCUUGCUUCGAUAGUGACAAGAAGAAUAAUAAUAAAUCAGCUGGGUGCUGGAUAGAUGAUAUACCCGGUAAAUACAGCAAAGCAAAGCAUGUUAGGGCCACCUCGGUCAGCCUUAGGCCGCGCCGAAAAAGAUGUGUGUUUGUAAAUAUGUAUGGUCAGAAGAAGGAUGUUGUUUGUUCUGUUAACCUGUUACCUGUAGUGUCUUUUUGGUGGUAGGAGAAGGAUUCUAUUGAAGUGGUUAUCACCAUUUGUUGAUGCUGGUAUAGGUCUCCUGUUAUGUCGUGUUGACCGUCAGUUUUUCGGUUCAAGAUAUGUAGCCUUGGUCAGUUAAAUGCAACAGUCAUUGUUUUUAAUGCGUCGUCUGUGACAAGAUUAUGUUUAGUGUGCUACUGUAUAAUGUUUUGAGCUAAUGAUUCUAGUGUUUGA